CAGAAACGUCCCAUGACGUAAGUGAAGCUCAUUGCGGAAGUGAACGAGGCGACAGGAGACAGACGGAAACAAACAAGUUGGUGCGGACGCUUGACGGAUAUUUACCGACAGAACAUCACCAUCAUGCUGGGAGGAGGAUUCAAAGCAGAGAGGCUAAGAGUGAACCUCCGGCUGGUCAUCAACCGACUCAAACUCCUUGAGAAAAAGAAAACUGAGCUCGCUCAAAAGGCAAGGAAGGAGAUCGCAGAUUACCUGUCAUCAGGAAAAGAUGAGCGGGCUCGGAUCCGCGUGGAGCACAUCAUCAGAGAGGACUACCUGGUGGAGGCCAUGGAGAUCCUGGAACUGUACUGCGACCUGCUUCUGGCUCGCUUUGGCCUCAUUCAAUCAAUGAAGGAACUGGAUCCAGGCUUACAGGAAGCGGUGUCCACACUCAUCUGGGCAGCGCCUCGUCUUCAGGCAGAAGUGUCUGAACUAAAAAUUGUGUCUGAACAACUAUGUGCAAAAUAUAGCAAGGAGUAUGGCAAGCUGUGCAGGACAAACCAGAUUGGCACAGUCAACGACAGGCUGAUGCACAAACUGAGCGUAGAGGCCCCUCCCAAGAUCUUGGUAGAGCGCUACCUGAUUGAGAUCGCCAAGAACUACAAUGUGCCAUAUGAACCUGACGCCAUGGUCCGGCCUGAGGUGGCUCCUGGCGAGGAGGCAGACCUGAUUGACGUGGACAAUGACAAGAAGUUUGGAGGUGGAGGAGGGGGUGGUGGAGAUUUCUUUGUGCCUCCUGCUGGUGCUAUGCCUAUGGCCAUGCCGAUGCCCAUGCCAAUGCCAACAGCAUUUAACUAUCCACCUCCCAAAGGAGCCGAACCGUUUAAUGCACCCAUUGGAACCUAUGACAACUUUAAGCACCAAAUGGGAGGAGGGCAGCCCCCACAGCUGCCCAAUUUCCCCCCCACAUACGAGUCCAUUGAUGACCUAGCUUCUGUUCCUUUCCAGGCUGUAGGUCCUGGACCUUCAUCUAAGCUAUUUGACAACAACGCUCUCCCAGAACUCCCGUCUGUUCCAGACACACUCCCCACAUCGUCCUUCGGCGGCAACACCACCAACUCGGAUGACAUCGACUUUGACGAUUUAACACGACGGUUUGAGGACCUCAAGAAGAAGACUUAAGUGCCGUAUCCCUGGUCAACACACACACAGUUCUGUGUCAUCACCUACACAGCUCAGAACAGGAAAAUUGAAAAAGGCUCUGUAUCAGUUCUGCAUAGUUCUCCCCUUACAUGGUGAUGUUAUCUCACACAGAUGUUAAACAUAGAAGUAUUCUUACCUCAUUUACAUAAACAUGACCCGCUCACCAAGGGUGUGGUUGCUCAUUCGACCCCGUCACUGAUCAGAAAUCUGUUCACAGCUCCGGUGAGGAACCAUAUGCUUUAAUAUCUUUAAACAUACGACACAUGAUAAGAAUUCUUACCACCAUGUUGUUGUUGACCCCCUUUUGACCCUUUUUCAUUUAAGAUCACACUGACUUUUAUAUUUUCCCCAUUUGUGUGUGUGAUUUGCUGUGUAAUCAAACCUAGAUUAUAGAUAAUUGUAGCUUCUCCCUGGGUUUUGGUUCUGACUAAUAAUUUACAGCACAGGCUUUGAUUUUACUUCCUCUGUGAUCUCUGCCAUUGUGUCACUCACUUCUUGCCCAGACUCGUCAAACAAGCCUGACUUGCCAUCCCAGUUUGGAAAGUAGCUGGCAUUCACACUCGCAAAGUUUACAAAUAAGAAAUGACAUCAUGACAAAUGGAAGCCAUAUUUUCAUUGUCUUGCACAGUCAUUUUUUUUUUUGACACACUCCUGAUCGCCGCACUUCUAAAACUUCAUGGUUUAUUUAUGGCAGAAAAAAACCGGGGUGAACCUUCCAGGAAAAUCUGAUGGUGACAUAUCAAACCUUUUCUGUUACGUGGAUGAUGGGGCACAGAUGUAAAGUAGUAACACAGUGUAUGGAAAUCUGUAAUAAUACAUUUACAAUCAUAGAGAUAGACCUAUUAACAUUGAUGAUUUAACUGUACAGUAUCUUAAACAAUGUUUUUAAGCCCUUUUGAAUGUUGCUUUCAAUAAACCUCAACCUGCACUUUCUUAUUUUGUAAGUAAUUAAUGUACAGGGAAAAUGUGUGCCGACAACAGCAGUCGCACAACAACCUGAUCGGAUUGAUGGGAUGCAAAUAUUGGCCCCUUACUACUGGUUUGUGUUGAAUGUGUGUGCAAGUCUUAUACUUUACAUGUACCACUGCAUCUGCCUUAGUUACCAUCUCUAAUCAGAGGCCUUGUCAGUUUGUACUGGGUUCAUAAAUUUGGUAUCCAUCGAGAUUGGAUAAGUUACCUGCAUUGAGUCUCAGUCGUUAGGAUUAUACUUUAUUUUCUUUACCCAUCAACAAUUCUGUAAAAUCUGUUGAGUUGAUUUUCUCAUAUUUGAUGGAAAAAGAAAAAACGUCUCUACCGGCCACAUAGUUUUGUGUUUCCUGUGGUAAAGCGGGACUGAGGUGGUUUCUUGUGCAGGCGUUGGAUUAUUGCUGCAACCUGACCACACCAAGCCCUGCUCGCAUGGCAGUUGAAUGGUGGCCUUGAAUUAAAAGAUUCACUGAUGUCUGGAAAGCACAAGUUUUCCAGCUGGGUGAUGGGUGAAAGCUUACGUAAAGGUGUUACACAUGUUGGGUAUAGUAGAGAGAUUAUUUACACUACAGAACUGUGAUCUGCUCACUGUCUUUUCUACAAUGGACUGUUCUUUCAUGCUUAAAACCUUGACACAUGAAAUUGUGUACUGUUGCAAAAAAACAGAAUUGUUUUUCCACUGUAUAGUAAGAUACCAAUUUAAUAAAAGAUUAUUUGGAACUGGA